CGGCGGGGCGCGCGCCGCGCUGUCCGCCUGCAGGGUCCUGCUGCUGCCCGCUUACCAGCUAUGAAGGUCGCCGCCGCCUCCGCGCCCCCGUCGCCGCUGCCCGCCGGUGCUGGCGGGGCGCUGAAAGCCGUGCGGCCCGGGGAGGCCGCCCGCUGUGGGCCGGGCCCGGGAACGGCGGAGCAGGCGGCGGCCGCGCUGUUGUACGACAUGAAGGGCUGCUAUUCGCGGCUGCGGGCGCUGGUGCCCACGCUGCCACGGCACCGACGGGUCUCCAAGGUGGAGCUGCUGCAGCACGUUAUCGACUACAUCUGGGACCUGCAGCUGGCGCUGCAGCGCGGGCCGCCCCGCCCCGCCACCGAGACCCCCGAGGCUCCGUGCCUGCCCGCUGCCGAUCGCAUCCUGUGCCGCUGAGACCGCCCCGGAGCUGCCACCGACCCCCGGGACCGUUGCUGGACUGCCCGAGGUCCCCCCGCUGCCGCCCGGUGCCUGCGGGACGUAUCCUUCUCAGAUUGCUGAGAGCAUUCCCCGUAUUGUAUAUUACAAUGAUUCUGGAGAAUAUUGUUCUACAAUAGCUGGAGUUUUGUUAUUAAACAAGCCCUGAUGACCAAGCUCGGCUCUGCUUUCUGCCCUCCCC